UGAUGUUUCGUGCUUCAUGCAAGCUACAAGCUGAAAGCUACAUACAAGCUAUGUAGAGGACCAGCUACAGCUACAGCUACAAGCCGAAACUCGAAAUCAGAAACAUCCGCUCCCGAGUCCCGAGUCCCGAGUCCCGUUCCGAGCUGCACAUGCCUAUUCCACGCAAUCGUGUACCCCACCACCACCACUCUACAUUCCUACCAUUGCGUCACCGUGUAUAAAGGUUAACCCAAAACUACAAGUACCCCCCACCAGCUCCUCCUCCUCCACCUCCUCGCCCACCACCCUCACCCUCACCCUCACCCCCUCCCAACAAGAAUGACCCCCGCCGCAAUCCCCCCCCUCGCCUUCGGCACCGGCACCUCCUGGUCGACAGCGGUGGACGCACCGCUCGACGCCGCGCUCGUCACGGCGAUCAUGACGGCACUGCACACGGGGUUCCGCCACCUCGACGGCGCAGAGUCGUACAACAACGAGCGCGAGCUGGGCGCCGCCGUUGCCGCUGCUGCCGCCGAGGGGGUGAUGAGGGAGGAGGUUUUUGUUACUACCAAGCUAUGGCCCACCGUCUCCGACGCUCCGGGGACCUUCGCCCGCUCGCUCACGCGCCUCGGCGUCUCCUACGUCGACCUCUACCUCCUCCACUGCCCCUUCUUCACCCCCAGUACCCACGGCGUCUCCGUACGCGACGUCUGGACCUCCCUCGAGUCCCUCCACACCUCGGGCGCAGCGCGGCAGAUAGGUGUAAGCAACUUCAACACCCCCCAACUACGGUCGCUGCUGGGUUACGCGCGGGUACGCCCCGCCGUGAACCAGGUAGAGCUGCAUCCGUACUGCUGCGACGAGGAGCUUUUGCGCUAUUGCGCGCAGGAGGGGGUGGCCGUGGCUGGGUACUCGCCGCUGGCGCCGCUGGUCAGGUUUCGCGGGGGGCCGUUGGAUGCGGUGCUGGAAAGGGUCGCCGGGGAGCAUGCGAAGACGCAGGCACAGGUGCUGCUUAAAUGGGUUCGCCAGAGGGGGGCGUUGGUUGUGGCGACGACCGGGAAGGAAGACAGGAUGAGGGAGGUCCUCGAGGUCGAGGGGGACUGGGAGCUCACUGAGGAGGAGGUUAAAGAGAUUACGAGCGUGGGGAGAAAGCAUCGCCGCAGGGCGUUCUGGAAAAAGGAGUAUGCUGAGGCGGAUGCGGCGGUGGAGGCGGAGAUGGGGAAGGAGACGUGAGGGACAGGCGGGGAUAACUAAGGUAGUGCUCGGGAUGAAUGUGACCGGCCACUGUUGAACGGCUGUGAAUGAUGGUGAUGAUCCUGUCUGUCUGUCUAGUCCAGUCUAUCAAUCUAUCAGUCUAUCAUAUG